UAGUCAAACCUAGACCUGUAUGAUCUUGGAUGAACAUAUGAAGUAUAUGAAGGUGUUAGUCGCGAGAUAGACGGAGGCUGUGUCGUCGCGGUCGCUAGGCUUGGGCGUCGCUGCGUCUCGGCGUCGCGCCGCGAGCGUUGCGCGCCGCGCCGUGCGCACUCGGCUCGGCUCCAGUCGCCACGCACGCUUGCCUCGCGCUCGGGCGCCCGCGACCCAGUCCGCUCUGACGUUUAAUCGAGCCGCCGGUGUGCCCUAUCGGACCGUGUCCGAUCCACCACCGCAACAUACAAUCUAUCAUAUUUUUAACGUAUCGGCGGAAUUGGGUGUGGGUGCCAAGAGUGGGUAGUGGUCACAGUGAGGUCUAGGCCGGGGUGUCUUGAAGCGGGCGGCAGCACGGGCAGUAGGCGGCGCGCGGCCGCGGGCAAGGCGCCACUGGGCCCGCCCGACCCAGCAGCUGGCUCUGUUUACAAGCCGCGCCUGCACUCGCGGGCCCCGUGCGUCCGCUCGCUGCAGCACGCAACUCAUUUUCUAUUCGACGCUGUGAAUUUUUAAGUUUGCGAACCACCGCCGACGUUAGAUUGAGGUAUUUGAAUGCUUACUAAAGUCGACUCUCGCUCGAGAGAAGUCGUAGUGCAAUAUUAGUGUCACGAACCGCUCAGAGCACAAGUAUCGAAUCCAAAUUGUCAUUCGAGUGAUAUCGCUACUUCAUAAAUAUGGGUGCUAAAGAAAGCGUGGAGGCUGCUAAAUUUUCUGCGCAAAAUUGGAACAAUUUUGAGCAUGGCGCCAGUGUGAGGCAUCAGCACCGGCACGGCACUCAGCGGUCGCAGAGUCUCAACCGCGGCCACUCGCUCUCACGCUCCGAUGGCACCUGGUGACAUCACGGAACCGCGGGCAGCAUAGUGCAGUGCGCCGAGUGCGGAACACGUACGAUGGGCAACAAGCUAUCGGCGUGCUCCUGCGCACCCAUCCUGCGCAAGGCGUACCGCUAUGAAGACAGCCCGUGGCAGAACUCGCGCCGCCGCGACGGACACCUAUUACGACUAUGGGCGGAAGUGUUCCACGUGUCCGCGUCCGGCGCGGGCACGGUCAAGUGGCAGCAGGUGUCGGAGGACCUGGUGCCGGUGAACAUCACGUGCGUGCAGGACUCGCCCGAGUGCGUGUUCCACAUCACCGCUUACAACUCGCAGGUCGACAAGAUCCUCGACGUGCGGCUAUUGCAACCUGGAACUCGUAUCGGCCAAGCAUCAGAAUGCUUCGUGUACUGGAAGGACCCCAUGACCAACGACACGUGGGGCCUCAACUUCACCUCGCCCAUCGACGCCAAGCAAUUCAAGGAGUGUUGCUCACCAUCCUUUAAAUUCUCGCGUAAGGCAUCUUCGAGCUACAGCCUAAAGCUAGAACCGCCGGGCAGCAAGCAGAAGAUGAAAGCCAAGAGGAAACCGCUCUCCACGCCGGCAAGUCCUAAUCGAUCCAGCUUGAACUAUCGCGAGCCGCAGUGCACAUGCAUGUCCCAGGAGCAGUAUGCACGGCUCAGGGCCCAAGAUCCACGAUACCGUUCCUCGACAUUGCCACGCACGUCAGCGCGUGCCAUGGAAGCUGAGGCGAGUGCGGCCGCCGCACGCACCGACAAGGUGGCUGCGGCGACGUCGUCCACCUCGCUGUACGACAACGUUACCGGCUCGCAACCAGCUCAUCAGCCGCCACCAAAACCCGCAGCUCGCCAGACUGACUCGCAGCCGCCGACGCGCCCCCCCAAGUCUCAGGAAACAUCUACUAUGACCACCAACACUUCUACGGCGCCUAAAACCGUUACCGCCUCCGUCGGCACACAUGGCACUAAUACCAACGAAGACCCCCAAGCGGCGGGCGGGGCCUCAACGCAGCACGGCCAGGACCUCAAGUCCGAAGGCGUGCAAGCUGGCGGGACGCUGACAACAUCCAAGUCCUCGUCUACAUCCACCAGGCCCGGCAAGGAACAUCUGCAGCACACCAAGAGCAUCGACUAUGGAGAUGGAAACGAAUCGUCGCGGGAAUCGGACCGGCACUCGAUCCACCAUCACAACGUCAUCAACAACAACACCUCGGGCUCGCGUCGCACAAAGUCAAAGAGCACAGAAGAUAUGAAUAUGGAUUCAAGCACACUAAAACGCAUGCUCAAGCCGAUGCCCUCAACGGAGAGUCCGGUGACAUCGCCAGAGAUGGGCCGACGGCGCUACGCCGGCGCAGGCCCGUGCCCGCCCGCAUGCGGCGCUCACCCGCACCGCCACGGCCCGCACCUGCACCACGCGCAUCACACGCACGUCGCCAACAACAAUAGCCGACCCUCCCAGCGGUAUUCCUCUGAUAGCCGCGGCGUGGGAGUAGGCGCCGCACCGAGCGGGUACCCCGGCCGCGGCCUGUACCUUGAGCUGGGCGGUGGAGGAGAGCGGGACAUGUCGCCGCCGUCGGACAACGUCAUGUUCGACAACCAGUGCUACGCGACCACGCCCUCGUCGUCGAAUGGCAACUCCGACCAGGAGCCGUGCCAGCGGCGAGAUGGCAGGCAACACCAUCAUCCGCAGCAAAAACCCUGCUUAUCCCGGCAAGCAUCUCAAUCCAGCGCCACGCCCGCACCCGGUUCGCCCACCUCACGUUUGCUUCUCGAGUAUGAGAUGCAUCUCCGCAACACGUUGGCUAAAGGCAUGGACGCUGAGAGCUACAGCCUCCACACCUUCGAGGCGUUGCUGAGCCAGAGCAUGGAGGAUCUAGGUGAGUGUUUCCACGAAUACAACGACAAUAUGCCGCCUUCGAAUCCGCGAAGCCCCUAUCCACCGCGACGUCGACCGAACCAAGAAUCCGUUCUACACUAUUUGAGAAACCUUACGGAGGCAGCCAUAAGGGCUAGAGGAGGUCCAGCGACGCAGUGUUCCGGCGGUGGAAGCCGGUCAUCCACGCUGCCGCUACCGCACCGGCUAGGCGUUGAGAGACAGCACAGCGCGCGAUCAGACCGCGACGGAUAUUACAGCGAUCGCAACGAGCUUAUGCGGGAGCGAGAGCGGGAGCGGGAGCGGGGCUACCUAAGUGAUCACAGUUCAAGAGACCGCAUUAGGGACCGGGAUCAAGGGUACCUGAGCGACCAUCAAUCAAGUUUUGUAAGCGCCUCCCGCUGCGCAUCCUGCAUCGGUGAAUCUGCGAGGGCGGCGUGGUACCGGCACUCGGAUGGCUGGCGGGGCGCGCCCCAGCCCGGCCCGCGCCGCUCCCCCUGGGAUUCCCUGCCCAGCUUACGGCACGAGGGCAGCCUUAACGACUCUGGCUAUAGGAGUAACAGAGCUGACAGUUUCGAACAGAGGGGCGUUUUUGAUCGGCAAGACAGCGUUCGAUCGGAGUAUACCAGCGAUCGAGAAUCGUCGCGCUACGGGAUAGUUCAGCAAGCCUCUAUUGACAGCACUGACUCCAGGAUAUGUUAUCUGACAUCUAGCGAGAUAUCGGACGACGAUCGUAUGUCACUGACGACGGCGGUGUCAGACGAAGAGGACCCUGGCGAGAGCGCGAUGAACUCACCGUACAAGGGCAAGCAGACUGGCGCUGCGGCGGCCUCUUUCAACUGCACCGGUGCUGUUAGAAAAGCUGGUUUCCUGAGUGUGAAGAAGUGGCUGCUACGCAAGAAACAUCAGAUCGAAUUAGCUCGAAAACGAGGUUGGAAGGGCUACUGGGUAUGCCUAAAAGGCACCACGCUCCUGUUCUACCCGUGCGACUCAAGGGAGGGCCGCUCCGUCGAGGCGGCGCCCAAACACCUGAUCAUUGUUGACGGAGCCAUUAUGCAGCCCAUCCCUGAGCAUCCGAAGCGUGAUUAUAUAUUCUGCCUGAGCACCGCGUUCGGCGAUGCGUAUUUAUUCCAAGCACCUUGCCAAGUGGAAUUGGAGAAUUGGGUGAACAGCAUACACAGCGCCUGUGCAGCAGCCUUCGCUAGGCAUCGCGGCAAGACCGGCACCCUCCAUCUGCUUCAAGAAGAAAUCUAUCGUCUCGAGAAAGCCAUUGAAUCUGACCACAAACUGAAACACAUGGCGGACCUGCAACAGUCCGUGGUGUCGGACCCGGAGACGCGGGCGCAGCUGGCGGUGCAGAUGCUGCAGUGGGAGGAAAACCUGGAACGGCUGCAUUGCGAACAGUUCCGGCUGAGGUGCUACAUGGCCAGCUUACAGAGCGGCGAACUGCCUAACCCUAAGUCCCUGCUCACACACGUGUCCCGCGGAACAAAGAGCACGCUGAACAAGCUGGGCGUGUUCACGGUGUCCUCGUUCCACGCGUUUAUCUGCGCGCGCUCGCCCUCGCUGCUGAACAACCUGCUGGCCGGCCGCGGCGCCACCAAGCGCAGGGCGCCGAACCUUUCGCGCUCCAACUCGGGCUCCAGCCGACGGUCUAUGCAGAUGUCACGCGAGGAAGGCGAGGCUGCGGUCAGGGUGUCCUUACCAGAAGGCACGACCGCAACAGUGGGGGUCCGCGAGGGCAUGACGGUGGAGGAGUUUCUGGCGUCCGCCUGCGCCCGACGCUCGCUCAACGCGCUCGAACACUUCGUCAGAGUGAAGAAACGCCGUGACAUGGAGGAUCACAAUUACUUCGUGCCGCAUCGUAGCGACCUCAUUGAGACUUACUUGCACACACACGAGGUAGUGGAGGUGUGUGCCAAGAUCCUAUACCAAGUGGAGCUGCAAAGGAACACGCUGGAGCAGAUGUGGGGCUUCAGCGUGGAGGCCGAGCUGAUCGAGAACGCCGAGCGACAGGACGAACUCUGCUGCUACGUCAGUCGUGUCGAGGACAAGAGUGUCGCCAUGCAAAACGGUAUAAUCAAAGGCGACGAGAUAAUGGUGAUCAACGGAGCGAUCGUAUCUGACCUAGAUAUGAUGUACUUGGAGAGCGUAUUGCAAGAGGAACUGUCGCUCGUCAUGAUGAUGAGAUCUUCGCGCACGGAACCGCCCGAGCUCUCGGGCAUGAUGCGAGCGGCCACCGACGACAUAAUCGACUCGCUCGUGUGCCCGCCGCCGCCAACCGACCCGCCUGUCAUCUCGGACGACAUGAUCUCCGGUCUGAUCGUCCCUGCGCCGGCUUGGAGCAAGGAGUUGUACAGCCCCGACCCGGACGGGCACGGGGACGUGUCCGGCCCGCCCAAAGUCAGCUCUCGGACCAACUCCUUCGAGAUCGAAAACCUGCUCAAGAAGUGUCCGCGUGGUCGUCAGAGCGCGGAGCAAGUGACGGGCUGGUGCCGGUCGCCUGCGGAGACGCGGCGCGGCAGCCCGACGGGCAGCGUGGCCAGCGCCGCCGCCGGGACGCCCUCACGACACCUCUCUGACGCUGACAAGCUGAGGAAAGUGCUGUCGGAACUCGUCGACACCGAACGCGCUUAUGUCAAGAAUCUAAACAACUUAUUAGAGAAUUACUUAGAGCCUCUGAAAAGGGAGACUUUUUUAUCGAACGCCGAGAUCAACGCGCUGUUCGGAAAUAUCCAGGAGAUUGUUACGUUCCAACGGCAAUUUCUGCAAAACUUAGAGGAAGCGCUUGAAUCGGAGCCUAACUUCCAUCACUUUGAAUUUUCAAACCAAUUUAAGAAUAUACUGUUCGCGGUGGGAAAUGCCUUCCUCUACUACGUAAAUCAUUUUAAAUUAUAUAGCUCGUUCUGCGCUAGUCACAGUAAAGCACAAAAAGUUUUACAUCCAAAUGAAGGCAAUCAGGCAUUGCAAGAAUUCUUGGCUGCCAGAAAUCCAAAACAACAACAUUCGUCAACUUUGGAGUCGUACUUAAUUAAACCAAUUCAGCGGAUACUUAAGUACCCAUUACUGCUCCAGCAAUUGAGAAAUUUGACUGAUGCAAAUUCUGAAGAACAUCUACAUUUAGUAGAGGCGUUGAAAGGUAUGGAGAAAGUUGCUGAACACAUUAAUGAGAUGCAACGAAUACAUGAAGAAUAUGGUGCUAUAUUUGAUCACUUGUUUAGACAACACCAAAAGUCUUGCAAGCAACCAAUAGACCUAAGUCCUGGUGAUUUGUUAUAUUACGGGGGUGUAGAAUGGUUAAAUAUUUCAGACUUUUUAGGUAAAAUAAAGAAAGGAUUGGAACUGCACGCUAUGUGCUUUGUAUUCAAAUCAGCCGUUGUCUUCCUCUGUAAAGAAAGACUGAGACAAAAGAAAAAGUUAAUGGGAGUGUCUUCAAAGAAUAAUUCAAACGAGGUAGAAAUAAUUCGAUACCAAGUGUUGAUUCCCGUGACAGAGGUCCAGGUUCGGGCUUCAUCUGCAAAGGAUAUGGACAGUCACUUCCUUUGGGAGCUCAUCCAUCUCCGCAGCCAGCUGCAGCGGCGCUCGGAGAAGGUCUACGUGCUGUCAAACAGUACCGCAGAUUUCCGCAACGCGUUCCUAAAGACGAUUCGGCAGAUCAUUCGUGAGUCGGUGCGCAACAUGGCGCUGCCUACGAACCGGCCAGCUCCCAUGCCGCCACGAGCACCGCAUACGCUCGAGCGAGACCGCCCUAGACACCAGGUGCAAGUCAUGCAAGGAUCUCAAACACUCGGGAAAACGAAAAAACCUAAAACCUCGGGACAGCGGUUAUCAGCCGGCAAUAUUGAGGUCGGCGAUCUUUCGCGCGAAAACUCCCAAGAUGCCGAUGAGCCACCUCAAGAGGUCGCAGACGAGCCUGCGUUCCGACACCGGAGCAAAACGCUCGGGGACGCCGCCGGUGAGUCCCGGAAAUAUACCCAAGCCAGUGUAAAGCGCGCGCCGCCGCCGCCGCCGCCCGACACCGACAAGUCCGACCCCGGCUCCAAGUCGGAGGGAGAGGACGAGCACCCGCAACCUCCUCCCAAGCGAGGGUUAGGCAGAACUCCCAACCAUCUGACAUUAAGCACGACGUCGACGUUGAGUGCCGGCAGCACCGGCAGCCAGGCCAAGUUGAUCCAGUCCUCGCACCAGCCUACGCAGUACCAGCCUACUAUGGUCAAAGAACUGGGUAAGCAGGAAUCACAGUCACUUAAAUCCUCGCCAGAAAGAAAAAGCUCCACAACUUCUGAGAAAAAGAUAAAAGUCAUCCGGUCAUGCAGCGGCAGUAGUAUCAAUAGGGAUAAGUCGCCCAACAGAUCCAUGGAUCCAUCGCCAGAUCGAGACCGUGUCACUAAAGUUAUAGUCUGUAAAUCUCCUAACAAAUCGAGCUUGAAACACAGCAAAACUUUACAUCGGUCACCUAGAGGUAGCAUUGAUCAGUCCAAGUCACCCCGUGGAUCCAUUGAUAAGUCUCGCUCCCCGCAACAAAGUUUUGAUGGAUCUAGAUCUCCACGCGGCAGCAUUAUGAAAUCUCGAGAGAACAGCAUGGACAGGUCUCGUUCCCCCAAACCGGCUCCUAAGAAGGGAAUAAUGAGAACCCCUCAGGCGAGUUUUGACAGAUCACCCUGUAAAUCACCUAAUGUGAGCCGUCGGUCUUCGAAAUCGAGCGGGGAAAAACUGGCUAGGCUUGGAACUAACUCGCUAGACAGAAUGACACACUACUCCCAACUUGCUAAAGCAGAAGACAAGGCAAUCAAGAUGGGUAUCGUAGUGUCAAAGUCGACGGAAUCAAUUACUAAAGCCAUCGAACACCCAACCUGUGUGCAAUGCUACCUUUCUGGGAAAAAGCAAAGCAAAACCUCCUAGCAUAAGCCUAGGGGCAAGUCCCCUAAGUCAAGGCGAAAGACUUUGACUGCCCAUCAUUCGAUUCUGACCUCUUCGGACAGAAGCAGCAUCGAAACUCUCGAAGACGUGCCCGUUCGAGAUAUUUGCACCAACAACCGUCAUUACGAGAGGAAUGAAUUCGAUCAAAUACACGUCUAAGCAGAUGCGCAACCAAGUUUCCGAAUGAGUUUUGGUUAUUAAUAAUGAUUACUAGUCGA